AUGGAAAGUGAUGAAGUUGAAGCAGGUGAUGAAGUUGAAUUACAUGAUGAAGGACAACCUGAUAUUGCAAACAAUCUUAGGGACACUGCUACUAGUUCAAAACAGAAUGUGGUUGAGGAUUUUGUGGAGAUUGAAUGUGAAUUUUCUGAACAAGUACUAAGGAGUUUGUGUGAUUCAGAUUCAGAGGGGCAAGUUCAUGGUCCAUUAAAUGUGUUUGAAGAGAGAAAUUUAAAAAAGGAAGGGUUUAAAUUUCUGCUUGGAAUGGUGUUUAAUUCUGCUAAAGAAUUCAAGUGGGCAGUUCAAUACCAUGAAAGUCUGAGGCAGAAAGAUGUUAUGUUUAAGAAGAAUGAGGGGAGAAGAGUUAGGGUAGUGUGUAGACACCAACAUGUCUGCAACUGGUAUAUUUUUGGUUCAAAAAGCAAUCCAGGUUCUCCAUUUACUAUCAAGACUUACAAUUCUGUUGACACAUGUGGGAAUCAAGAUGAAAACAAGGUUGUAACUUCUGGUUUUUUAGCAAAAUUCUUCAAGGAAGAUUUCAGAGUGAAUACAGAAUGGGGUAGAGGACCAUUUCAGGAGCAUGUGAAGUCUAAAUUCAACUGCCAGCUAACUAGAAACCAAGCAUAUUUGGCAAAAAAGAAAGCUUUAAAGCAAAUAGAUGGACAAGACUUAGAACAAUUCAAGUUACUGAAUGACUAUUGUGAAGAACUAAGAAGAAGCAACCCUGGAAGCACUGUCAAAAUGAAAUUAGACACUGAAUUUAGUGUGAAUGGAAGGCCUAGAUUUGUUAGGAUGUACAUUUGCUUUGCAGCUUGCAAGGAAGGGUUUGUUAGGGGGUGUAGACCCAUUAUUGGGGUUGAUGGCUGCCACCUAAAGGGUCCUAAAAAAGGAGGGCAACUACUGAGUGCUAUAGCUUUAGAUGGUAAAUCCAAAAACCAUGACCAUGUCUCCUUCAACUCACCCUCAACAAUAGAUGGUGAUAAUAGCCUUUUUCCAGUAGCAUUUGCUAUUGUUGAGGGUGAGUUGAAGGAGACAUGGUCAUGGUUUUUGGAUUUAUUGGACAGUGACUUAAACAUCUCAAAUAAUCCUGGUGCUUGGACAAUCAUUUCUGAUAAACAGAAGGGCUUAAUACCUGCUGUGGAGGAACUAUUUCCAGGGCUUGAACAUAGGUUUUGUGCUAGGCAUCUACAUGCCAAUUUUAUGAAGGAUGGGUUUACAGGUCAUACCCUCAAAAUGCACUUCUGGGCAGUUUGUAAGGCUACUACUGAGGCAGAUUUUCAUGCAAAGAUGGAGGAGCUAAAGUUGGAGAAUCCUAAGGCUUUUGAAUGGUUAAGUGCAAGGGAUCCGAAACACUACUCUAGGGCAUUUUUCAGCACAUUCCCAAAGUCAGAUUUGCUACUUAAUAAUCUUUGUGAAUCUUGGAACAGUUGCAUUCUAAAUUUCAGGGAUAAGCCAAUACAAACAAUGGUUGAGAAGAUAAGGUUAUAUUUGAUGAUUAAGAUGCAAAAGAAUAGGGACAAAAUGAGUUGUCAUCCCUUCAAGGUCUGUCCAAAAAUUCAGAAAAUCCUAGAAGAAGGAAAAGACAGAUGUUGUAGAUUCAAUGCAUAUAAAUCUGUUGGUGAUAUUUACCAAGUUGAUGAUGACAAUUUCAAGCCUUUCAAGAUUGAUCUAGGUGCUAGGCAGUGUAGUUGCAGGAGAUGGGACCUCACUGGCAUACCUUGUACACAUGCCAUUGUAGCUAUAAGGAAAAAGGGUGAUAUUCCAGAAGAUUAUGUCCAUCAAUGUUAUACAGUGGAGCAGUACAUGAGAGCAUAUGGCCCUGCAAUAUUGCCUAUCCGAGCCCCAGAAUUAUGGCACAAAACUAGUGAACCACCCCCAAUCCCACCAAAGAAGAAGAGAAAGAUAGAUCCAAUUGUGGAAAAGCCAGAUCAAACAAAAUCUACUAAACAAGGUGAAGUUAAAAAGUGUAGGUUGUGUGACAUGAGAGGUCAUAAUAGGACUACUUGCAAGACAAAAGGCAAACAGGUACAAGAACCAGUGGUAGAUGAAGUAAAUGAAGAGCUGCAGGAACCUGAACAUCAUUUCCAUCAAGAGGAAUGCCAUGAUGUGGUGGUUGAGACACAAGUCCCAGAUUUUGUGCUAAAUGAAAUGGAAGCAAUGACAUCCCAACCAUCACAAGCCAUUGAAGGAAAAAAUGUGAUCCCAAGCAUGUCGAACUUUAUCUCUUCACACAUAUCAUCUCAAGCUGUAGAUCAUGGGAUUACCACUAGAAGGAAGAAAUAUGUAACUGUUGGAGGACUUAAAGGCAUGAAGAAAAAGUGA